GGUGCUGCGCUGAGCUCCGGGCCUUAUGGAGACUGCUGGCUGCGCCGGUGGUGCCUGUGCCUGUAGGGCUCGGUGAGCUCCGCGGUGUCGCGCGGAGUUGCGUGUGACUGCCGUUGCUGCCGUCGCGGGGAAGCCUCUGUGUUUCUCUGUUUCUGUUAUUCGUAUAUUACGUGAAAAGCCAUUUUCGGAGCGUCAGCUGACGUCAGAACUCUGGGAAGCGCCCUCACCAUGUGGACUUUCCUGGGCAUCGCCUCCUUCAUCUACGUGUACAAGAAGUGUGGAGACCUCAUGAGCUACGCCAACAAGGAGGUGCUGCUCUCCGCCGCGCUCUUCUUCUCCCUGGGCCUGCUGCUCUCCUAUCGCUACCACUUCCGUGCGCCCCGGCAGCAGCAGCAGCAGCAGAAGCCCCACCUGGGGAUGCUCGCCCACGCUCUCUCUGCUCUGCCACUGGUGGGCUUCUUCUGGGCCAAACCUGCUGCGGGGUCUCAGCGAGUCGAGCAACCCAGAUCCAGAAAGGGUAAAAUAGAAGUAAAUGUCUCAGAUAUGCACCUGACAGAGGCUGCUUCAGUUACAACAUCAUUGCCCCAGAAUGAUCCAGAAGUUAUCAUUGUGGGUUCAGGUGUCCUUGGGUCUUCCUUGGCCACGGUGCUUGCCAGAGAUGGAAGAAAAGUGACUGUAAUAGAGAGGGAUCUGAAGGAGCCUGACAGGAUAGUUGGAGAAUUGUUGCAGCCUGGCGGUUUCAAUGCACUUAAAGACUUGGGUCUUGAAGAUACAGUACAAGGUAUCGACGCACAAACGGUGAAUGGUUACAUCAUUCAUGACCUAGAGAGCAAGUCGGAGGUAGAAAUUCCUUUUCCAACAUCUGAAGAUGGCCGUGUGGUGAGCGGAAGGUCCUUCCAUCACGGCCAGUUCAUCAUGGGGCUCCGAAGGGCAGCCAUGGCAGAGCCCAAUGCAAAAUUCAUUGAAGGAACUGUGACACAGCUGCUUGAAGAAGAUGAUUGCAUAGUGGGUGUUCAGUACAAGGACAAAGAAACUGGGGAUACUAAGGAACUUCAUGCACCGCUGACAGUUGUAGCUGAUGGACUUUUCUCCAAAUUCAGAAAAAACCUGGUCUCCCAAAAAGUCACUGUUUCAUCCCAUUUCGUUGGUUGCAUUCUGAAGGAUGCACCACAGUUUAAAACUAACUAUGCCGAACUUGUUCUGGCUAAAACUAGUCCAGUGUUAAUCUAUCAGAUUUCUUCAACUGAGACUCGAGUCCUUGUUGAUAUUCGAGGAGAAAUGCCAAAGAACCUGAAAGAAUAUAUGCUUGAGAGCAUUCAUCCCCAACUGCCUGAUCACCUUAAGGAACCAUUUCUAAUAGCAGUUCAGAAUGAUCGUUUAAGGACUAUGCCAGCCAGCUUCUUACCUCCUUCAGCUGUUAACAAGAAAGGAGUUCUUCUGUUAGGAGAUGCGUAUAAUAUAAGGCACCCUCUUACUGGUGGAGGAAUGAGUGUUGUUUUAAACGAUGUCAAAAUAUGGAGAAGCUUGCUUCAGGAUAUUCCAGAUCUUUAUGAAGAUUCUGACAUUCUUAAGGCCAAAAAAGCAUUUUACUGGUCAAGAAAGAAGUCUCAUUCUUUCGUAGUGAAUAUUCUUGCCCAGGCACUGUAUGAACUUUUUGCUGCUACAGAUGAUUCCUUGCACCAGCUAAAGAGAGCCUGUUUCCACUACUUCAGACUUGGUGGAGAAUGUGUCUCAGGUCCUGUUGGAUUGCUAUCUGUGCUAUCUCCUAAACCAAUGGUGCUGAUCGGCCACUUCUUUGCCGUGGCGUUGUACGCCGUUUACUUCUGCUUUAAGUCAGAGCCGUGGAUCACCAUGCCUCGAGCCUUCUUCAGUAGCGCAGCUGUCCUUUACAGGAGUUGCUCUAUCAUAUUUCCACUUAUUUACUCUGAAAUGAAGUCCCUCAUCUAUUGAAGUCCAAGGGGAUAUGACUGGACAAAGAAAACGUGAAGAUCACGACGCCUUGAAAAUCUUUGGACGUGUACUGCUUAAUAAUAUUGUGUCAUGUUUUCUUCUCUUCGAAAUGCGAUGUCCUUGAUCGGGAUUUGACUUAGUUUUGGUUUUGUGGUUAUAUACAUAUAUAUUAUAUGUAAAUAUUCUUUUCUUUGCAAUUAAAGCUCAAAGAGGAGUUAGCUGUUUACAAGGACCGUAAGGAGGUGUUUGCAUAUUGCCAGGUCUGUCAGAAUUUUCAUUCCUCGCUUCAUCCAUUGCAGAGUGCACCACUAAUAUUAAUAAACUGAAAAGUGAAAACUGUAAA